GGGCGGCUCUGUCCCCUCGGUGGGCGGCUCUGUCCCCUCGGUGUCCCCUCGGUGGGCGGCUCUCGCUCCCUCCAUCCCUCUCUCCGCCCUCCCCGCUCAGUCUGCGCUCAGUGGCCGCUCCAUGCUGCUCUCUCCCCGGCUGCACUCGGCUUGUCAGCCCGCUCCGGGGAGCUCCGCGUCCUCUCCGGCUGCUCCUGCAUGAUGCUCCCCGGCCCCCGGCUGCUGCUCCGGGCUGUGCUGCUCCUGGGCACCGCCCGCUGCUCCUCUGGAUGGUCCACCCCGGGGACGCCCGGACACCCGCACAUGAGUCUGCCCGCGGGGAGCCGCCCGCACAGAUGGGGAGCAGCGCCGAGCCCCGCACCCCCGGGGAGGGAAGGGUUAAUGGCGGGGGGUUACAGGAUCCGAGCUGCAGAACUUUCUCCAGAGAUCCAGAACCGAACCCCGAGAGAUCCCAACAGAACUGGGACUGACCCUCCAUCAGAACCCAACAGAACUGGGACUGACCCUCCAUCAGAACCCAACAGAACUGGGACUGACCCUCCAUCAGAACCCAACAGAACUGGGACUGACCCUCCAUCAGAACCCAACAGAACUGGGACUGACCCUCCAUCAGAACCCAACAGAACUGGGACUGACCCUCCAUCAGAACCCAACAGAACUGGGACUGACCCUCCAUCACAACCCAACAGAACUGGGACUGACCCUCCAUCAGAACCCAACAGAACUGGGACUGACCCUCCAUCAGAACCCAACAGAACUGGGACUGACCCUCCAUCAGAACCCAACAGAACUGGGACUGACCCUCCAUCAGAUCCCAACAGAACUGGGACUGACCCUCCAUCAGAACCCAACAGAACUGGGACUGACCCUCCAUCAGAACCCAACAGAACUGGGACUGACCCUCCAUCAGAACCCAACAGAACUGGGACUGACCCUCCAUCAGAUCCCAACAGAACUGGGACUGACCCUCCAUCAGAACCCAACAGAACUGGGACUGACCCUCCAUCAGAACCCAACAGAACUGGGACUGACCCUCCAUCAGAACCCAACAGAACUGGGACUGACCCUCCAUCAGAACCCAACAGAACUGGGACUGACCCUCCAUCAGAACCCAACAGAACUGGGACUGACCCUCCAUCAGAACCCAACAGAACUGGGACUGACCCUCCAUCAGAACCCAACAGAACUGGGACUGACCCUCCAUCAGAACCCAACAGAACUGGGACUGACCCUCCAUCAGAACCCAACAGAACUGGGACUGACCCUCCAUCAGAACCCAACAGAACUGGGACUGACCCUCCAUCAGAACCCAACAGAACUGGGACUGACCCUCCAUCAGAACCCAACAGAACUGGGACAGACCCUCCAUCAGAACCCAACAGAACUUGGACUUAUCCAACAUCAGAACCCAACAGAACUGGGACUGAUCCAACAUCCGAUCCCAACAGAACUGGGACUUAUCCAACAUCAGAACCCAACAGAACUGGGACUGAUCCAACAUCAGAACCCAACAGAACUGCCAGUCCAUCACUCAGCGCUGAUAUAGAAAAGACCCAGACAUUUGCAGGAUUGGGUCAAACAGGAAAUCUCCUGGGACCUCACAUAUAUUAUAGAUCAGAACCGAACUGGACCGAUAUUUCCCAGACAAGUUCAGAUUCUGGAAUCAGCCAGAAAUCAGCGUCCCAGCGACAUGUGAACAAGAGGACACCGGUGGGGGACACGACGUACAUCUCCACCACCCGAGGAGGGGACAGGACCCUCUUAUUCGUCACCAGCAAUGUGUCCGAUAUCACCGAGAUUCCCGACGUGUAUCCAACCAGCCGUGGGAGCGUUCUCCAGGAAUCGACGACCGCAGCGCAGGGAGAGGAGCGCUCCACCGAGGUCAGGAACGUGUCCUCCCAGGCUGCUCCCUCAGCGCCCACCACGUACCCUCUACAGACCCCGUCAUAUGUGGUGACCACGUACCCAUCCCCCAUGUCCCACCACAUGCCCAACACCACAUUCCCAUUCAUCAGUGUCUCCAUCACUGAGGCCGACAGGAGGAACAGCCUGAAGACCACAGGGGUCACCCCUAGAAACUCCUCUGUCGAUCUGUGGUCGUCGCCCGCUGACUUGUCCAGCGUUGGGACUUCAUCUUCUGCAUUGACCACCACUAGCAUGGCGGCUUCUUCAUCCUUUCCUGGAGAACGGUCCCAGCAGCCACCAUCGCAGGUCUCCUACUCAUCCCCCGUCCCCUCCACAGCUCGCUCCUCGGCCUCACCGUCUCUGACCACCCAUAGUCCUCACCCAUUGACCGCCAUGUCCUCCACCCCUGGCUCCCCUAUAUGGUCCACAUCACUGCCGCCAUCUCUCACCACAGAAUCCUCUCCAGGAGAUGGAGCAGAGAAGAAGCAGACCCUCACACCCUCCAUAUCACCCACUGACGCCAAUACAUCAAUGGCCGCCAGUCCUGGGACCCCCUCAGUGGUCACUGAGAGGAGACUACAUGAUGAGACAACGCCAAUGUCACGAGACAUCACCCCAACACGGAGACCACUGAAGAUGCAAACCACAGCCAUAACCACAGAGGGGAUGCAGAGGGCCACAGUGGGAACGUGGCAUGUUGGGACCACAGAUAGCGCUCUUUCUACUACAACCACUAACAUCCCACUGACAACACCUCCAUCUGAUACUCUGAGGACAACGGGGCCUGGAAGCUCUGCACCCACCACCGCUGGCCGGGAGCUGUUCACCAGGAGGACCACCCAAACCGACCUCAACACUGAGGCGCCAAGACCGCACACCACAGUCAGCACCAAGGCCAAGAAGCCCCCUCCUGUCCCGACCCCUCCUAGCACCACACCGGCUGUGAGGUCCGCAGUCACCGGGACUCCUUCCACCACGACCCGUCUGAGGGCGAAUCCCACCACUGCAGCCAGUCCCUGCUCCUCCAGUCCUUGCCAGAACGGGGGUCUCUGUGUGGAAAGUGGGGGCUCAAAAAGCUACAGAUGUGAUUGUCCAUCGUCCUGGAGUGGAGAUCUCUGCAACACAGAUGUGGAUGAAUGCCUCUCCACCCCCUGCCCAGCGCCGAGCACCUGCCUCAAUUCCAGGGGCUCCUUCAGCUGCCAGUGUCCCCUGGGGUUCCUCCUGCAGAAGGGCGCAGGCUGCGUUCUCGUGCGGACAUUUCUCGGACAAAUUGAGAUUCCCUGGAGCCUCCUGGACAGCGACGGCGUGAAAGACAGCACCCUGCAUGAAAUCAAGGAGGACAUAGUGCGCAUCCUGAAUUCCUCUUUCUCCGCUAUUUCCGGUUAUUACCAGUCCUCGGUCACCAGUGACAGUCACACCAGCAGUAAUAGCCUCAUGGUGCAGAAUCUUUUCUCUCUGGAGUCAAACGUGACAAUGUUCGAUCUGUCGCGCAGUCUGCAGAACUAUGCCAAAGUGUGCGAGACGUCCCCAGAGCGCCCCGCGUCCUGCCAGCUGGUACUGCACCUCCAGCAUCGUAUACAGGCCCUCAGUCUGUGUCAUGUGAGGGACCCCGGGUGUGACAAUGAGACGGCCGUUUGCGCCGAUCCCGCUGGUUUAGCGUUUUGUCAGUGUAAGCCGGGAUUCUUCAAAUACAGCAAAACGGAUCAUUCAUGUCGAGCCUGUGACGACGGCUACAAACUGGAAAAUGGAGCCUGUGUGAGGUGUCCAUUUGGCCUCGGAGGAUUUAACUGCUCGAACCCGUACCAGCUCAUCACCGUGAUCAUUGCGGCUGGCGGCGGCGGACUCCUCCUCAUCCUGGUCGUUGCGCUGGCAUUCACUUGUUGCAGGAAGAGCAAACACGACAUCAGUAAACUGAUCUUCAAGAGCGGAGAUUUCCAGAUGUCUCCGUAUGCUGAAUAUCCGAAAACGCCGCGGUCAUCAGAAUGGGGGCGAGAGGCGAUUGAGAUGCAAGAGAACGGCAGCACCAAGAACCUGCUGCAGAUGACGGACGUCUACUACUCGCCCGCGCUGAGGACCUCGGAGCUGGAGAGGAAUGGCCUUUACCCGCCGUACAGCGGCCUGCCGGGCUCCCGCCACUCGUGUAUCUACCCCGGACAAUACAACCCAUCGUUCAUCAAUGAGGAGAACCGGCGGAGGGACUACUUCUAGUGUGCACAGCCCCCAGCGCCCCGCUGUCACUGCCGCCAUCUUGCCCCGUCCCUUAUGUAACGCAGCAGCGGAUAAUUGUGGGGGAGGGAGAACACCAGGACCCGAAAUCAAAUAUGGCGGCCGUCGUGAUAGGCGCACUCCGUUAGCUGGGCUGCGCCAUUCUCUGUGUCUUCUGUGAAGCCGCUGCUAAGAGGCACAGAAAAUGGACGCCUCACAUCCUGCGAUCAAUUCUAUCGAUAAUUUAUUGACUGUGGACAGUUGUGUGAGACGGACGUGACUGAGGGCGGCCAUGACACGCCACCGCCAGAAAUACGGAGGAGAAGGACCCCCGUCUGCUGAUUAUAUGUAGAGAAUCUGAAGGGUCUGUACAGGGAGUCUCAUCAUACAAUAUGGCGGCAGAAAGACGGAACCGCGCAGGAGAGGCUCGGGGUGCGUCUCACCUGUAGAGCGGGCACCGCGGACCCUCCAUUCUCCAUAGGUGGGGCCCUCAUUUGCACUUUACACUGGAGUUAUUCACUCUGUUCCAAGAUCCGCACAUCCUGCGCCAGAGGCCGGCGGCCAUUAUACCGGAGACACGCUGGACGCCGCCUCUUGUAUCCGCUCGUCCUGUGUAGGAGCUGAAGUACGUAAAGGUCACCCCCACUACUGAGUGUCAGAUGGAAUCUCCCUUCAUGAGCAUAUAGCCCAUAGUGAGCCUGUGUUGUAGCAUCUCCUAUACUCCAGUCACAUCCAGAGCUGCAAGCCACAUUCUUAUGGUAAAUCAUCUUAGGGCUCAUUCAGACAGCAUGGACGUAUUGUAUCUUCUGUAUCACAGUCAGGGCACUAAAUAGCCCUUAUACUCCAGUCACCUCUAAAGCUGCGUCUACAUGUAUUAUUUUCAAGUCACAUCCGAGCUGCAUUUGCUAUUCAUUCCUCUGUUACUCCAGACAUUACUCUCUCUUCUCAAGUGUGAUUUAGGCAGCAGUAGAUCCGUGGGCCGCACGCGUUCAGAUAAUGCACUGACGGAAAUGACUGCGUCUGAAUGAGGCCUAAAUCAGCGAAAUAUGAGUUCUAGAAGGAGAGCAGUAUGAUUAUGAACGCAGCUCCGGAUGUGACUGGUGUACAAUACAUGAUGUAGCACCAUUAUUGUGAAUGGAGCUUUGAAUACAAGCUGUAACCUCAUUGUGAAUGCAGCUCUGGAUGUGAGUGGGGUAUGAUGCAAGCUGUAACCUCAUUGUGAAUGCAGCUGUGGAUGUGAGUGGAGCAUAAUACAUCUAUGAAGCUGAUGUGUCCUGUGGACUUGCGCUGACAUCCGGAGCGGCGCUCACCUGUCGGAUGUAUUGAUCUGGGCGGUUGUGUAGACGUGACCCUCCUGAUCUGUGGUUUGUGCUGUACAAUUAUUAGGGGUCCCGGGCCCCUGGAAUGGGGAGAGGGGCUAUUUAAUAUGACAUUUUAUUUUUUUACACAAGCUGUAGACUAAUCACAUGAUCUGUGCCGCCUGCGAAGUCGCUAAUAAUGUUCCUCGUAUUUUUCCCGUAUCCUGUAUGUAUCCUACCAGCAGCCGCAUAGUAUCCGGCACUUCGGCUCAAACCGGCGCCGCCAUGAUAAGGUCAGCUGACCUCUGUCCCCACAUCUGUGAAUGCUAGAAACACUGUAGAAGCCCCUCCCACGGCGCCGGGGGCCGCUAUCUGAAUGAAGUGCUUGUUUGUAGAUACUUUUCUACCGUGUGAUGGCGUCUGGCGUUCUAGUCAGCCGCAGGACCAUUAAUAAACACGUUUGUUACAAUGUG